AUGGCUGACGGUGUUUUCCAGGGUGCUAUCGGUAUCGAUUUGGGUACCACUUACUCGUGUGUUGCUACUUACGACUCGGCUGUCGAGAUCAUCGCCAACGAGCAGGGUAACAGAGUUACUCCAUCUUUCGUUGCUUUCACCUCUGAGGAGAGAUUGAUUGGUGAUGCUGCUAAGAACCAGGCUGCUUUGAACCCAAAGAACACUGUGUUCGAUGCUAAGCGUUUGAUUGGUCGUGGUUUCGAUGACGAGUCCGUCCAGAAGGACAUCAAGACCUGGCCUUUCAAGGUUGUCAACGAGAACGGCAACCCAUUGAUUGAGGUUGAGUACUUGGAGGAGACCAAGACUUUCUCCCCACAGGAGAUCUCCGCCAUGGUUUUGACCAAGAUGAAGGAGAUUGCCGAGGCUAAGAUCGGUAAGAAGGUUGAGAAGGCUGUUGUCACUGUCCCAGCUUACUUUAACGACGCUCAGAGACAGGCCACCAAGGAUGCUGGUUCUAUUGCUGGUUUGAACGUUUUGCGUAUCAUCAACGAGCCAACCGCCGCUGCCAUUGCCUACGGUUUGGGUGCUGGUAAGUCCGAGAAGGAGAGACACGUUCUUAUUUUCGACUUGGGUGGAGGAACCUUCGAUGUUUCCUUGUUGAACAUCACCGGUGGUGUUUUCACCGUCAAGGCCACCGCUGGUGACACUCACUUGGGUGGUCAGGAUUUCGACACCAACUUGUUGGACUUCUUCAAGGCCGACUUCCAGAAGAAGACUGGUCACGACAUCUCUGGUGACGCCAGAGCUUUGAGAAGAUUGAGAACUGCCUGUGAGCGUGCUAAGAGAACUUUAUCUUCUGUCACUCAGACCACCGUUGAGGUUGACUCUUUGUUCGAGGGUGAGGACUUCUCCGCUAACAUCACCAGAGCCAGAUUCGAGGACAUCAACUCUGCUUUGUUCAAGUCCACUUUGGAGCCAGUUGAGCAGGUGUUGAAGGAUGCCAAGCUCGGUAAGGCCACUGUUGACGAGGUUGUGUUGGUUGGUGGUUCUACCAGAAUCCCAAAGAUCCAGAAGUUGUUGUCCGACUUCUUCGACGGUAAGCAGUUGGAGAAGUCCAUCAACCCAGAUGAGGCUGUUGCCUACGGUGCUGCUGUCCAGGGUGCUAUCUUGACCGGUCAGUCCACCUCCGAGGACACCAAGGACUUGUUGUUGUUGGAUGUCAUCCCAUUGUCUUUGGGUGUUGCCAUGCAGGGUAACGUGUUCGCUCCAGUUGUCCCAAGAAACACCACUGUGCCAACUAUCAAGAGAAGAACCUUCACCACUGUUGCUGACCACCAGACCACCGUGCAGUUCCCAGUUUACCAGGGUGAGCGUGUCAACUGUUCCGAGAACACCUUGUUGGGUGAGUUCGACUUGAAGAACAUCCCACCAAUGCCUGCUGGAGAGCCAGUCUUGGAGUCCAUCUUCGAGGUUGAUGCCAACGGUAUCUUGAAGGUUACUGCUGUUGAGAAGUCUACCGGCAGAACCGCUAACAUCACCAUCUCUAACUCUAUUGGUAGAUUGUCUACUGACGAGAUUGAGAAGAUGAUCUCUGACGCUGAGAAGUUCAAGAACGCUGACGAUGCUUUCGCCAAGAGACACGAGCAGAAGCAGAAGUUGGAGGCUUACGUUGCCUCUGUUGAGUCCACUGUCACUGACCCAGUGUUGUCUGCUAAGUUGAAGAAGUCCGCUAAGGACAAGAUCGAGGCUGCUUUGUCUGACGCUAUGCAAGCUUUGGAGAUCGAGGAGUCUACCGGUGACGACUACAGAAAGGCUGAGUUGGCUUUGAAGAGAGCCGUUACCAAAGGUAUGGCCACCCGUUAAGCAUAGAGAAUGAUAAGCUAAUUCUGUACAAAAAA